CACAGUCAGUUUACUCAGGAGUCUUGAAUAAUUAAUUACAAAUACUCGGUUAAUAAAAUAUAAUGUUUUAGUUUAAAGUUUUUAAUUGUUUAUUAAAAUAUUACUAUUAUUCAAUAUAAAUAUAAACAAACAAUUUUUAAAAAUAUGCCUUCGACUUGCAGAUUUGAUUUGAACAAACCAAGUGCUAUUUAUUUUAGUGGAGAAAUAAUAGCGGGUACUAUUACUCUAAGCACCACAAGUGACAAAAAUGUAAGAGAUGUCAGCAUUAUAUUUCUAGGCGAAGGAAAAGUCAAAUGGGAAGAAUCUGACUCUACAACAAACAGCGAUGGAAGCAGUUCGACUAAUACCACCUACUAUAAAUCACAUGAAGUGUAUGUCAAUAAUAGUACAAUGGUACAUGGUGAUGGAGUUCUACCAGCUGGUACACAUACCUAUACAUUUAAUAUACCGCUACCCUGGGAAUGUCCCACAUCCUGUGAGGGCAAAUAUGGUCAUAUACGUUAUGAAAUAUCAUUAAAAAUUAAUCGAUAUUAUCGUUUCGAUAAUAUCUAUAAAAGGCCGGUGACUAUAAUAAAAACUAUUGAUUUAAAUUUAAAUCCAGCCUAUAAGAUACCAUUGGUUUUGGAGACUAUUAGUAAAUUAUGUUGUUGGCCCUGUACAAAAGGUAAAAUAUUUUGUACUCUACAAAUACCAUAUGGUGCCUAUGCUCCUGGACAAACUAUUAAAUAUGCUCUACACAUAAUGAACCAAUCGAUGAGUGACACCCAGGGUUAUUCUAUAGAAUUUACUAAGAAAAUGAUUUUUACCGCAAAGUCUCCCCGCCGUAAGGAACGUACUUCCAAAAAUACUUUAGUUUCGAGAACAUUUAGUGAACAGUGCUUGCGCUUAACUAAUCGUAUUAUAGAGGGUGAGAUGUACAUACCAUCCACACCGCCGACCACUCCAAGAUCUAGUAUUAUAUGUGUGGAAUAUAAAUUAAAGGUUACAUUGUAUUUACCCGGCUGCAGUUCGAAUGCAGUCAUGGAAAUGCCCAUAGUUAUAGGUACUAUACCAUUGCGUGAAAGUUUACCAGCUAAUGAGACUGUAAUGAACGUUCGUGUGGAACCAGUUAUUCCUACUGCUCCCGAACUAGCGGGAGCUGAAAUAAAUAGUAUUGAUGACGAUUUGCCACCAAGUUAUAAUGAUAUAAAACCACCCUCAUUUGAAGAGGCUACCCGCAGUAAUUCUCCUUUUAUUGAUACUGAUGUGGACGCCAGAAAUCGUAUAGUGGGUUUUAGACCACUAUAUCCCAUGUAUAAUGUGCCUUAUAAUGAAAAAUAAAUGCCUUUUUUACUUAAGACAAAUACUUACGUUAAUACAAAUAUAAUAUAUUUUGAUAUUUUUGAUACGCUAUUUUUUUAGUUAUGCCAAAUUUUUAUAUUUUAAGAUAUAUAUUAAAAUUAUA